AGCAGACACAAAGGAGUCGGUAAUUGUUAUUGCAAAUUUUCUGCAGGACGAACAAGGAGUGGUAAAAGUGAAUCACGCCUUUCUGUGGACGCAAAAAAGUGAAAAGCCAUAAAGUAAAACAUUUGUACAAAAUAAAUAAUUAUUUACAAAUACAUAUGUGCAUAUUUGGUUUAACUGAGUUCAAAAAUGCGAAAGUAGAAGAAUCAAUCGCUGCCAAACAACGUGUAGCAAAAAAUUCCUCGAACUAGGUAUAUUUAAUUGGGGAAACUAUUUUAAAAACCUGAAUUAAUAAAAAAGAGUUGCAGCAUGCCUAGCUCAUUGUUAUUUGCCACCAAUAGUGAAGGCCGCGUGUAUACACUGUCAACCAAUUCUUCCUCUUGGCGAGAGUUCCCAUACUUGGGUUUAGAGUUCAAAAAAAUUGCUGCUGUGCCACAUUUUGUUUGGGCCAUUGGUGGUGAUCGUCAAGUCUAUGUGUAUGUAUUUGGCUUAGAUGUGCCCAUACGCGUCAAAGAAGAGUCGUACGAGAAUGAACGCUGGUUACCGAUUGAAGGAUUUUCGAAAAAGUUGUUGCCUACCGAUCGCUAUAAGUUCUCCUCAGCUGAUGGCAGUGUGGAACGCAACAUUGAUAAGGUUAGGUUGCCAUCAAUGGCGUGGCAAUGGGAUGGAGACUGGCAUUUAGAUCUCGAUAUGGACGGUCAGCAGUUAGCGGAAGAUGGUUGGAUGUAUGCGUUAGAUUUUCCCGCUACAUACUCGGCGAAGAAUUCAUGGAACUCGUAUGUACGGCGUAGAAAAUGGGUACGUUUUCGCCGCUAUAGUGCGCUGAACAGCUGGUGUGCCGUAGCGCCACUACAUAAAGACCCCACACAAGAGCCUUUUAUUGAUGUUUCUGUUGGGGGCACAAAUGUACCAAAUGCACCAUUGGGUACUAUGAUCGUGUGGGCUAUCACUGCACACGGAAGGGCAAUGUUUCGCACCGGUGUAAGCACUUCUGCACCAGAAGGUCUUCGCUGGAAUGCAAUUAACACUCCUCCCGGCUGUGAGUUGGCACAAAUAAGUGUUGGUCCGACUGGUCUUGUCUGGGCGGUACUAUAUAAUGGACGCGCUAUUGUACGUACUGGAGUAAUGCGCGAAAAUCUCUCGGGUGAAGCGUGGCUAGAUGUCAAGCCUCCAAUUAGCAGCAAUGAUUCGUCGAGCACACUCAAAAUCAGCCAAGUCUCAGUGGGUACCGAUACUGUUUGGUGUGUAACCAAUGAUAGCCAUGUAUGGUUCCGACGCGGUGUUAAAGGUGAAGCAGCUGGUAUCAGCGAGGACGCUGCCAUUGGCAGUGGUUGGGUAGAGAUGAUUGUGAACAUAUCGUCAAUAUCUGUAGCUCCUAAUGAUCAAGUUUUCGCUGUCGGUUCAUCGGAUCGUGCACUAUACUUUCGCUCAGGCGUGUCCACUUCUGAUCCGACUGGCAAGCAAUGGCGGCAAAUUCAGUGCCCUAUGCAGAUAAGUCGCACGUCUAGCUCCAUGUCGAUUGUGUCACGACGCAGUGGCAGUGGCUCAACACCCGGUUCAAAGCAUCAGAGUUUCUCAAAUUUGUAUAGCAAGGAUAAGGAAAAAGGUGUUGUGGAGACAUGUGCACCCAUUGAAAAUGUGUCCGCCAGCCCUGCUUCCACGAAUAGCAGCGCAACGGGUGCAGCAGCAGCGCAGGCGCGGCUCAAAAGUGACAUCUGGAAAUAUUCCGCUGAUUCACCGCCCAACAUCGGUAGUUUGAAUUUAAAUGAGCGCCAUAAGAAACGCACUUCUGCGAUGCGAGAACAUGCAGCACACGCAUCCAGUGCGCCCGCGACCGAGGUCGUAACUGAAAUCUCAGGCAAACACUUCGAAACUCAGCUAAAAAAUCCGCGCGCCUGGUCACCAGUGCGUAGCGUUGGCUCCAUAGUCGGCACAGAGGCACAUCCGGAGAGUGAUUCUGCCGUGUUCGAAUCAGACUCAACACACCAUGGCUCAGAUGCAUAUCUGGGUGAGGAUGAAGAUCAUGCUGGUUCGCAAUUUUGGACCGAAUGCGAGGUUAUGUGGAGUUGCGUUGCAGCUGGUGGCGUAAGCGUUGAUCCAGCAAAUGCACCCAAUUGGUUUAACGAGCAAGCAUCUAGCAACGGCAGAGUAGAUGUAGAUGCAACAUGGCGAAAAGAUAUUAUUGGCAAGUUACAAAAACAAAAGGAGAAUCUAAAAAAGUUGAAUAACGUAGAAAAAUACGAAAAGGCAGUCGAGCUGAGCUCAUGGAUUAAAUCAGCGGAGGCACGUUAUCAACGGCCCGGUGGAGAAUUCGAAGAUUGUUUAAUCGAAUUAGAAUGGGUGAGUGGUGCAACGGGCAGUGCCGGUGCAACAGAUGCCAGCACAACUAUCGCAGACUCCGAUUCCGGUACAUUUACUGUGCUCAAUCCAGAUGGUGUUACUACAAAAAUUCAGUUUUCACUGUCAGCUAUCACAUGUGUGCAGUGCUGUAGCGAGCCGUCUUCACCGCGUAUCGCGCUGCACGCACCACGUUUGCCAAUCAAUUGUUCACCAAUAAAACUGCAAUUCUCCAGUGAUGCCGAAAUGGAGGAUUGGCUAUCUCAUCUCAGUUCCGUUUGUUGUCAAAUAAAUGAAGUGUUGGGCAAGCCUGCGAACAAUUCCAUUUGGAUCACCAGUGACCUAGGCGAAGUAUUCGUUUUUGAUCCACUCAAUAUGAAGGCAAAUCAGUUGGACAAAGAACGCAAUUGUUAUGUUGAGAAGUUCGAUGUGAAUACAAUGGAAACACCUUACUACAACACACUAUAUAAUGGAAUGCCUAUCGGUACAGAACUGGAGGUAUCUGGUUGUGUUUACGACGAUGCAGAUCAAAUACGGUUUGAUUUACAGUGCCAUCCAAAUAUAAAGACACAUCCCAGGGUGGAAAAAUUCCGUGUCAUUGCGAUGCAUAUUAAUCCAAGAUUCAAUGAGAAUACCAUAGUUCUGAACAGCAUGUGUGACUCAGAAUGGCUUAAUGAAAUACGUAAUGAUAAAGUGGUAUUCGCACCUGGUGCAACUUUCACGCUCCGCAUCAAAGCUUUGGAACACCAUUACCAAUUGCAUGUGAAUAGCACGCACUUCGCCGACUACAAGUACCGCACAGAUCCUGCCGCCGUGACUUGUCUUUACGUUAGCGGACGUGUAAAACUAUUUAAUAUUGUCUAUCGUUGUCCCUCGCUGAUCAUCUCUAUGCAAGAGAUGUAUUGGCGUCAAAUUGGUGGCCAUAUAAAACGUACAUUUUCUUGCCAUGCUGGCGUGGUGUGGGGCAUUUCGUGUGACAACACUGCUUGGGUAUACAAUGGCGGUUGGGGUGGACAAUUUCUGAAAGGACUAGAAGGUGGUUCUGGAAAAAUUAAUUCCAUGGUUGAUACGCAUACCUACUAUGUGUACGAAAAUCAACGCUGGAAUCCCAUAAGUGGAUUCACCACCAAAAGCCUGCCCACCGAUCGACACAUGUGGAGCGACGCAAGUGGUCGCCAAAAGCGCAGCAAAGAACACACAAAAUUGUUGUCCACUCACUGCGAGUGGAUAACAGAUUGGAUGGUGGAUUUUAAUAUACCCGGCGGUGCGGAUAAAGAAGGCUGGCAGUAUGCUAUCGACUUUCCAGCCACCUAUCAUGCUCACAAAAAAAUCACCGAUUGUGUGCGCAGACGACGUUGGCUAAAGAAAUGCCGACUGACUAGUAGCGGUCCAUGGCAGGAGCUUAGUCACUCGAAGAUAUUAGAUGCCUCGUUACAAGUGCUUGGUGGUGAUGCCGAUAGCGCUAAUAGUUUAAGCGAUUGGGAGGAUUUGCCCGUCUGCGCUUGGGCAGUGGCAUCGAAUGGGGAUGUAUUGAUACGGCAUGGUGUUACGCAACAAAAUGCGCGAGGUGAUAGUUGGGAACACAUACCAAGUGAACAGCCGUUGAUUGCAAUUAGCGUGGGGCCAACGGGACAAGUAUGGACUGUUGGACGAAAUGGCAUGAUAUAUUUUCGUUAUGGCAUUACUAGACACAAUCCAUUGGGUGAAGCUUGGCAAAUGGUGGAAACUCCUCCUGGCACAACAUUCCGCACGGUAUCUGUGGGGCACGCUGGUAUUUGGGCUUUAGACAACCACAAUCGCUUGGCUGUGCGCAAAGAAAUAACUAAAACAUUCCCAGAGGGUUCACAUUGGCAGUUCUUGCCGAAUAUGCCAAAUAUUCCUCCACAUACCGAGACGCAUAUCGGUUUCAAAUCGGUCUCUGUAGGCACGGAAGUUUGGGCGAUUGCACAAAAUGGCAUCGUUUGUAAACGUUGUGGUAUAACCAAGGAGAAUCCAGCAGGUGCCGGUUGGAAUUUAGGCAUACCGGGUCAAUGGCAGCAUAUUUCAUUGGAAAGCUUUUCAUAAUACCUAGCCUAAAACCUAUUAAAACUAUCUCCAAAAAUGCAGUGUUCCAUAAUUUUCCAUUUUAAUAGAAGUAUUUUACUUUUAAGCAGCACCACAUUCUUGCUUUAUUAGCUAAAAGUAUAAUUCACUUAGCUUAUUUUUAUUGAAAACAUUCUAUUAUAUCAUUCCAUGGCAGCAUUAUCUGUUUAUUUAAGGCUGCGAUAUUUUUAAGUUAUAAUAGUACCUUUUUUAUUUAAAUCAUAAGACUCAAAAGAAUUUUACUCCAUUCAUAUUACGGAAGUUCUGUCAAUGCUAAUUAAAAUUUAAAAACUCAAAACGUUUUUUUAUGAGCCUUAAAAGCCCGUACAUACUUUCUGUGAACGCAUU